UCCUUUUUUCUUUUUUUACGAGAAUGAUUUCGUUUUUUAUACGAACACUAGUAAUAGGAGCUAUUGCUGUUAUUUUAUUCAAACAAAAUUUGAUAAUAUGGGCUAAUCAGUCUUUGCACAAACACUUUGGCGUGAUAGUUGGCAAUGAAUUCGGGUUCUCUUAUAAUAAGCGGAAGAGCGAUUACCCUGUUAUGAUAACACUUUACAAUGUAAAUAUCUGUAGAGAUCAUAUAAUUGAUUCUCCUGGUCAAAGAUCUGUCAUGGAAACGAUUCCUUAUCUACAAGGCAUUGUUACAAGAAUUGUUUCGGGCACUACACUUCGUAUCAAACACCUGGUAUUGGAAAAGGACAAUGUGAAUACAACUCUUCACGACGUUGUUAUUCAACCAAUGCGAAACCCCGACUUGGUAAUUCGUGUCAAAACUGGACCUAUCCAAUUGAGUACGCAAGAUGCUGCUACAGGAAACAUUACAAGCGAUUCUUUUGUGACAUUCACAUUCAAAAAUAAAAGGUUGAAUGACGUGGAGGUUAGAAUAGGAAAAGCAACUUAUGACAAACCUGAAUCUGUUGACCUUUUUGCUGCAAAUGCACGAAGAUGGAUAAAUUCAGAUAUCAUCCGUGUAACAGUUGACUCGAUUGAUUUUCAGGGGGACUCUUCUUGACACUUGUAUAAAUAAAAGAUCCUUUUCUUUUAUCAAAUGUAAAGAUGCAAUAAAUGACGAUAUAUGUGAUUGUCCAUAUGUAUAGAAUUUGUAUGCUUUCACAUUAGAUCUAGGGACCCGAUAAUAUCUCAAUUUUU